AUGUGGCUCCAACUGAAAAGUCCUCAAGUGCGAAAAAAUACGUUGGAGCGAAGAAUAGUCGAAAGUCUUUGGUUUCCACCAACCAAAAAGGUGCUUCAGCCACUUCGACUCCCGUCGCCAAACGCGACACUGGUAAAUCAAAAAACCAUUCAUCUUCUUCGAUGUCAGAUCCGGAUUUUAAAUGAUACGAUUAUGCUGUUGUAUUCUGCUAGAGCGUUCUUUCUGACCUUCUUUGCACUAUCUCCUUUAUCUUUAAGAACCUUGCCCUUUUCAAUUUCUUUACAAAUUUUUGCGCCCAAAAAUCAAACAACAUCUGUUCAACGUAUCAAUUAUCACUUGUUUUUUUACAAUUUUUUUUGUUCCAACCAAAUUUCAGCCAACAAAUCUCAUUUAUCACUUUCAGCCGUUCUUUCUGAUUUGAUAAUAAAAAAUAACACCCGUCGUUGGAGUUGCGACGGCUACAAGGAAGAGUUCAAAACUUCCAAACUACACAUUCUGGUAAUCCCCACAGAAUACACAAAAUACCAAUUCAAACAAGACAACCUGGAUCCAUUCAUCAAAUUCAUUCCAACUGUUUUAUAUCCGAUUCUCACAAUUGCAUUGUUAUUCCAAUUAAGAUCAAUUAAGAAAAAACGAGAGAAUGUUCAGAAGAAUUCAUUAAGUGAUCGAUCGGAUAAAACAACGAAAUUGAUAUUAGCAAUGACGAUUUGUUUGAUGUUAUCUGAGGGAUUAUCUGGUUUAGUUGGGUUAUUACUGAAAAUUCAGGCGGAGAAGUUUUCCGAUCCAGAGGCAGUGGUUACGGUAGCAGAUGAGGAAUGGAUAGCUCUUCUGGAAACCCUCUCCUACAUCUGUAAGAACCUUGUCACUUUCAACGCUUCCACCCAUCCAUUUUUCUGUUUCAUCAUGUCCUCACAGUAUCGGGAUACUGUAAAAGCAAUGUUUUGUAAACCCAAAAAGAAGAAUUCUCAGGUAAAAACCCAUUUAAAGUCAAUUUUAAAGGAAUUUCCAGACUAUAAAAGUCAGCUCAGCCAGUACUGCUAA